AUGCCAGGGCAGUUUGAGAUGAAGAUGGUGUUGGUAAUCGUGAAGAGCAUUAAGGUGGAUAAAUCCCCCGGGUCCCAGGCCUUGCUCUGUUGUGUUGCAGGAUGCUUCGAGUGUUGCAUCAAGUGUUUGGGUGGCAUUCCCUACGCCUCGCUCGUCGCUACUAUCCUCCUCUACGCGGGCGUGGCCCUCUUCUGUGGCUGUGGCCAUGAAGCUCUCUCCGGGACCGUCACCAUCCUGCAGAACAACUUUGAGUUGGUUCGAGGUGCCGGCGACACCAUCGAUGUCUUCACCAUGAUUGACAUCUUCAAGUACGUCAUCUACGGAAUAGCAGCGGCCUUCUUUGUCUACGGAAUCCUCCUGAUGGUGGAGGGGUUCUUUACAACUGGGGCCAUCAAGGACCUGUAUGGAGACUUCAAGAUCACCACCUGUGGGCGUUGUGUCAGCGGCUGGUUCAUCAUGCUGACGUACAUCUUCAUGUUGGCGUGGUUGGGAGUGACAGCCUUCACCUCACUGCCCGUCUUCAUGUACUUCAACGUCUGGGCGCUCUGUCAAAACAUCACCCUGGUCGACUCCACCGACCUCUGCCUUGACCUCCGUCAGUUCGGUAUCGUCCCCAUUCACGAGCAGAAGACGAUGUGCGCCUUGAACGACAGCUUCAGCAAACUCUGCCAGUCCACUGAUCUGAACAUGACGUUCCAUUUGUUCAUCGUGGCCCUAGCUGGGGCGGGAGCUGCCGUCAUUGCUAUGAUCCACUACCUGAUGGUGCUGUCGGCCAACUGGGCGUAUGUGAAGGACGCGUGCCGGGUGCAGAAGUACGAGGACAUCAAGUCCAAGGAGGAGCAAGAGCUUCACGACAUCCACUCCACCCGCUCCAAGGAGCGGCUAAACGCCUACACAUAGACCGCCCGCAUGCCCGCACCCCACUGACCACUGUGUGUCCCAGCGCCACUGCCCACCACUGCCCCUCCUUACCCACCUCCUACCAGCCCACUGCCCACCACUGCCCCUCCUUACCCACCCCCCACUGACCAUUGCCUCUGUGUGUCCCAGCCCCACUGACCAUUGCUCUCUUACCCCCUCCCCCUCCUCAUCCCCCCCUUACACCCCCUCCCCUCCACACUCCAUCCUCUCCCUCACCCCCCGCCCCUUCCUCACCCCCUCUACCUCCGCCUGUCCCUUGCACCUCGAGUGACCCAGCAGCGGUCAGUGAUGGUCAGUCCAGUGGUCACUCUCCCCUUCUGCAAACCUCUCCUCACUCCAGCCGCCUUGUCUACGGAGUUGUCAGCAUUUGUAAUUGUUUUCCGAUUCUCCAAGGUGGAGUGUCACGGCCAACAUUUCGUGCCUGACGUUAGUGGAGGUAGCCCCCAUGGAGAGAGGACAUCAGACACCAGGGUGAUGGUUCCCAGCAGUUGUACGUGCCCCGUGGAACUCUCACUGGAUCUCGGUAUCUGUGGCUGUAUUAAACCAAUGCCAACGCUAGUGUUUUUCCAAGUUAUCAUAAAGUCAUAGGAGCAGAAUUAGGCCAUUCAACCCAUCGAUUCUACUCCGCCGUUUAAUCAUGGCUGAUCUAUCUUUCCCUCUCAACCCCGUUCUCCUGCCUUCU